GUGUUCACUUUUUAAAGACGAGCGCUGAGUUUGCGACAGCCGUAUUCCGUCAGCAGGCAAACAAGAUGGCGUCUGGCAGUGGGUCCGGUAAGAACGACUUCCGUCGGAAGUGGGACAAAGACGAGUAUGAAACCCUCGCCCAGAAGCGUCUGGCGGAGGAGCGAGACCGAGAGAGGAGGGACGGUGAGCCGACGGCGAGGAGCGUUUCCUGUUUAGCCGCGACCGCCCGUCGGCGUUAUUUCAUUUGUGCUCUCUCUCUCUCAGGGAAAGCCGCUCCGCCGGUCAAGCGGGACCUCCUGCGUCACAGAGACUACAAGGUGGAUCUGGAGUCCAAACUGGGGAAGACCAUCGUCAUCACGAAGACCACGCCUCAGGCGGAGAUGGGCGGAUACUACUGUAACGUCUGCGACUGCGUCGUCAAAGACUCCAUCAACUUCCUGGAUCACAUCAACGGGAAGAAGCACCAGAGGAACUUGGGGAUGUCGAUGCGGGUCGAGCGCUCGUCUCUGGAUCAGGUGAAGAAGCGUUUCGAGGUGAACAAGAAGAAGAUGGAGGAGAAGCAGAAGGAGUACGACUUUGAGGAGCGCAUGAAGGAGCUGCGGGAGGAGGAGGAGAAGGCGAAGGCGUACAAGAAGGAGAAGCAGAAGGAGCGGAAGCGGCGGGCGGAGGAGGACGUGGACUUCGAGGAGGACGACGAGAUGGCGGCCGUGAUGGGUUUCUCGGGCUUCGGCUCGUCCAAGAAGAGCCACUGACGCUCCGCAGCUCGGCCGCCGCACCUGCACGGGAAACCGGUUUCUGCUCCGCCCCCUCAGUCAGCCGGAGUUUCGGACCAGAACCGGACUCUGAACCGGACUCUGAACCAGGAAGGAGCAGUCCUGGUUCGGGCCGGCACACCUGAACAUCUUCUUUCUUUCAUCUACAAGCAGGCUCUUAUUUUGGUAGUUUCAUCCGUCACUCAGAUUAAAGUCAGCUGCUUCCUGUCGGAGACGGACGUGGACGCAGGUGAGACAGGAAGCAGCUGCGCAGGUGAGUCCAGCUGGCCUUCUGUCUGCUCAUCGUGUCCGCGACACGUUCGGGGUCACGCAGGUAAAACAAGAGCGUUUCCCCUCCAGAAGAAGCUGUUUGAGCUUCACGCAAAACACUUUCUAACGAGUCGAAAUCUAAAGUUUCACGAUCAAUAAAAGAUUCGUAAUUAGUUGAAAGUUUGUCGAGUUUGUGUUUUUAUCGCUGAGUGAGAAACAAACGCGUAAAGCAGGAAGAAAGAAGCGUUGUGUUGUCACGUGUCUGUUGUGUCAUGAUGCCGUUUUAAUAAAGUUUUUUCUUUCUAA